AUGGCGGACUAUGGAGAUGUAAAAUAUGAAGCGAACGGAUACUCUGGAGAGGAUGGUGCCUACGAAGAUGCAGAGGCAGGCGAACAAGACAUCACUUCUGAAGACUGCUGGAAAGUCAUCAGUUCAUUCUUCGACGUCAAACAACUGGCUUCCAUGCAAAUAGACUCCUUCAACCACUUUAUGCGAUCGGGCCUACAGGAUCUGGUGAACGAGAAGGGUGGCGUCACUCUGGACCACGCACAGAAUGUCGACGAAGAUGAUCCGAAUCCUGUCGUGGUUAAGAGACACGAGGUGAAAUUCGGCAAGGUCACACUGAGCAAACCUAAUAUGGUCGAGGGCGAUGGCGUUACCACCGAUUGCAUGCCACACGAGGCGCGUCUGCGAAGCUUAACCUAUGCGAGUCCAGCCUUUGUGAAGAUGACGAGGCGAACUUAUUAUGCAAAAGAGAAACCAUGGGAUGACGCGGGCGCUGACGAAGGUGUCAUGAAAGAGGAUGGGAGCCAGCUGUACUGGCGAGAGGGCACAGAAGAGGACGAUUUCGAUCCAGAGCGAGAGGUCUACAUUGGCAAGAUUCCUAUCAUGGUCCGAAGCAUGACGUGCCACCUCAUGAGCGACCGAUUCCAGAGCGAAAAAGAUCUGUUUGCCUGGGGAGAAUGUCCAUACGACCAGGGCGGCUAUUUCAUCAUCAACGGCAGCGAAAAGGUGCUCAUCGCGCAGGAACGAAGCGCUGGCAAUAUUGUGCAGGUCUUCCAGAAAGCUGCACCCGCUCCAUUCACGCAUCUUGCCGAGAUCCGAUCUGUCAUUGAUCGUGGUGCGCGUAUGAUGUCUCAAUGCACAGUCAAACUCUUCCGACGUGUUGAUGGUCCCGAGGGCACGAAGAUUGACAACCCAAUCCGUGUUCAGCUUCCCUAUGUCAAGCAGGACAUUCCACUCGUCAUCGUUUUCCGUGCACUGGAUAUUGUCUCCGAUGCUGACAUCCUGGAAAAGAUCUGCUUUGAUCAAAGUGAUAAAGAGAUGAUGGAUAUGUUGAUGGGUUCUCUUCAAGAGGGCCAACCUAUCCAGGGUGCUGAUUUGGCGCGAGACUUCAUUGCUCGUAGAGGCAACGUGCCUUCCCUGAAGAGUCAUGAGCGACAAAAGCACGCUACCGAUAUUCUUCAGAAGGAAUUCCUGCCUCAUAUUGGACAAGGCCCAGAUGCUACUGCUCGAAAGGCAUUCUUCCUGGGGUACAUGGUCAAUCGCCUCCUGAAGUGUGCUCUUGGACGUGCUGAACCAGACGAUCGAGAUCAUCUUGGAAAGAAGCGACUAGACUUGGCCGGUCCAUUGAUGACGAAUCUAUUCCGGCUGCAGUUUGACAAGGCCACGAAAGACUUCUACCGCUACAUGCAGAAGCGUGUGGAAUCGGGUCAGCCGAUCAACAUUAUGGCAGGUUUCAAGCAUCCAAUCAUAACCAGUGGCCUCAAAUAUUCAUUAGCCACUGGCAACUGGGGCGAUCAGAAGAAACUGGACAAGGCGAAGGCCGGUGUCUCUCAGGUGCUCAGUCGAUAUACCUUUUCAUCCACCCUCUCACAUCUUCGGAGAACCAAUGCACCCAUUGGUCGUGAAGGCAAAAUCGCCAAACCCCGUCAAUUGCACAACACCCACUGGGGUUACGUGUGUCCGGCAGAGACGCCAGAAGGACAGGCUUGUGGUUUGGUCAAGAAUCUUUCGCUCAUGUCAAUGGUCACAAAUUCCUACGAGACCGGGCCUUUGCUCAACUAUGUGAUGACCAAGCAUGUCGAAGCCCUUGAAGAUUGGGAGCCUCGCCUUAACCCGCGGGCGACCAAGAUCUUCGUUGACGGGGUCUGGUUCGCUGUGGUGCUGCGAGAUCCGAAACGUUUGGUAGAUGACCUCCGCAAGCUACGGCGAAAGGGCGUCUUCGACUCUCACGUCAGCUUGGUGUGGGAUAUUCGAGAGAAGGAGUUCAAGAUAUCAGGAGAUUCCGGAAGAAUUGUACGACCAUUAUUCGUCGUCGAAACCGAUCGCUCUUCAGAAAAUCUAGGUAACCUGGUCCUGAACAAAGAGCACAUCAACAAACUCGAUCAAACAGCAUACUUGAAAGAAAGUGGCUUCCAAUGGACCGAUGAGAUCAGACCCUACGGAUGGACGGACCUCCUCGAAUCGGGAGUUGUCGAAUACCUGGAUGCCGAAGAAGAGGAGACGGCCAUGAUUUGCAUGACGCCUGAAGCCCUGGCCGAUUCGAAAGCCAGAUGGCUCGGAAUGGAGAUUGAGAACGAGGAUGACCCCUUGAGGAGGAACGACCCGCUGCUGAAUCCUCACGCCCACACAUUUACUCAUUGCGAAAUUCAUCCGAGUAUGAUCCUAGGCGUCUGCGCCAGUAUCAUUCCCUUCCCUGACCACAAUCAAUCACCCCGUAAUACUUACCAAUCGGCCAUGGGCAAACAGGCCAUGGGUGUGUUCCUCACGAACUUUGACCAGCGUAUGGAGACCAUGGCGAACAUUCUUUACUACCCGCAGAAGCCGCUGGCACGGACAAUGGCCAUGGACUACCUCAAGUUCCGAGAACUGCCAGCCGGCCAAAACGCCAUUGUUGCGAUUGCAUGUUACUCGGGGUACAACCAAGAAGAUUCCGUCAUUAUGAACCAGAGCUCCAUUGACCGUGGACUUUUCCGGUCGCUCUUCUACCGAACGUAUCAAGAUUCAGAAAAGAGCGUGGGACAUUCGGUGGUCGAGCAAUUUGAGAAGCCCACCAGAUCCGACACGCUUCGCCUCAAACACGGCACUUACGACAAGAUCGACGAGGAUGGCAUCGUAGCUCCAGGUGUUCGCGUCAGCGGUGAAGACAUCAUCAUGGGCAAGACUGCACCGAUGGCCCCUGACGCCGAAGAACUUGGCCAGCGGCUGAAGCAACACAUCAAGCGCGACGUCUCGACGCCCCUUCGGUCCACGGAAUCCGGAAUCGUCGACCAAGUCAUGCUCACGACCACCGCUGAAGGACAUCGCUUCGCCAAAGUCCGAGUUCGAACCACAAAGGUACCUCAGAUCGGCGACAAAUUCGCGUCCCGCCACGGUCAAAAGGGGACUAUCGGCAUCACAUACCGGCACGAAGAUAUGCCCUUCACGAGGGAAGGCAUUGUGCCUGACCUGAUCAUCAACCCGCACGCCAUCCCGUCUCGAAUGACGAUUGCCCACUUGAUCGAAUGCCAGCUAUCUAAGGUUGCGACACUCCGUGGCGACGAAGGCGACGCCACGCCCUUCACCAAGGUCACGGUGACGCAGGUGUCCGAACUCCUGCGCACCAUGGGCUACCAGUCUCGCGGAUUCGAGGUCAUGUACAACGGCCACACGGGUCGCAAGAUGGUGGCGCAAGUCUUCCUGGGCCCAACGUACUACCAGCGCCUGCGACACAUGGUCGACGACAAGAUCCACUCGCGCGCCCGUGGCCCGACCCAGAUCCUGACCCGACAGCCGGUGGAGGGUCGUGCCCGGGACGGUGGGCUGCGGUUCGGCGAAAUGGAGCGCGACUGCAUGAUCGCCCACGGUGCCAGCUCGUUCUUGAAGGAGCGGCUGUUUGAUGUCUCCGAUCCGUUCAGAGUCCAUGUCUGCGACAUCUGCGGGCUGAUGACGGUCAUCGCCAAGCUCAAGAAGAAUACGUUCGAGUGCAAGAACUGUAACAACAAGAACAAGAUCAGCCAGAUCUAUCUGCCCUAUGCUGCCAAAUUGCUGUUCCAGGAGCUGUGGGCCAUGAACAUCGCUGCCAGGCUGUAUACCAAGAGAAGUCGCUAG